GUGAAGAUUCUUCACAAGGAUGCCGACCCCUUCUCAAACUUGCACACUUCAAUCGAUAAUGGUUCACUUGUUUCCGUGGUUAUACCCUUGAGUUCUUCGAAAAACAUUCUGAUACCGGCCAUACCGCAUCUUUAUAAAAUUUCGAAUAACCGGUGCGCUUCGGUGGUGAUUCAUGUAGCCGUUGGUCGCAAUCCGUCCAAUAACAUCGGUGAUUACACCGACGUGAUGGCUUUGAGACAGACCGGGUGUGCCCUUUUACAUUCUACCGGCGUACAAGAAACGAUCGAUCUCGCUUUGAUCGCGCAUGCACUGUCAAUCAAAGUUGGAAUCCCUGUGAUACAUUUUUUCGAUGGCGAUGACAAGAAUUCCUCCGUCGAGAAGAUUGCGGGUCCGGAGCAUGACAUCAUCAGAAAGUUGAUUACUGAAUCCGAUGUGGCCAAAUAUCGUGACCAACUAAAAACCGCAAUCAAUUCGGCGGAACGUUAUUUUACCACGAGAGAGUCGAAAGCCAAUG